CCUGUCUUUGGAUUAGCAGGAACAUAUAUGGAGCAGGCUGCAAAUGAUUUGGGGAUUGAAUUCUGGGCUGAAUUUUAUGGAGACGUCAAAUACGACUCCCUAGGAAUGCUUGUGAUUGACCGUAAGAAGAAGCCAUGGGAUCCUGCGGAUGUCGAGAAACAUAUAAGGCAGCAGCUUGAGGACCAGUCCGUGACCAGCACAGAAGGGACAGUGGUAGCACCCCCAAUGAAGGACUAUCCUGUAUCGAUCUGCUGUCAUUCCGAUUCCCCAGGAUGUGUUGAGAUCAUCAAGGCCACGAGAAAAGUAGCAGAUGAGUUUAAUAGCAAGUAUGGAAUUUGA